GGCGCUAAGAGUGCGCCGGUGAGUUGAAUUUCGAAGGCGGAAGUGCGCAACGCCAACAUGAUGAACUGCAACACCACCUUCCCUCGUGCUUUGCGCCUCAACUGGUCCGCGUACUGUGCUCCAUGCGCAACAGUCACCCACCGAAUUUACGGCUUGGUCUCACGACGAGAAAUGGCCGCACAGCGCUCUGCGACUCCACAGAAUCUGAGGCCGCAGAGGCCGCAGAGGCCGCAGCGGGCUGUGCGCAAAUGCGGUGUUCCAAUGCGGCGUUGGAACUGAGCGUCGGCGGAGCAAAAUCGUUGCUUCGCCCGGCGGGUUACCGUAACUUGCAUAAGUUAACUGACGCCUUGCAUCCUUCAAUGCAUUCCACAGGGCGCGGUUUGCUGAAAGGACAAGUUGCCGGAUGACUUGGCGUCUGCCUGAUGCAAAGUGUCCGGGGUGCUUUGCGAUUUUUACCUCCAACAAUGUGUCGCGAGCGUCUUUGACUCUUUGAUGAAGACAUCGACUCGCUUUAAUAUUGGACCACGAACAAGUCACGAAGACUGUUGGACAUCGAAAGCGAUAGUAAGCACAUCACAUGCCCUCGGCCAGGACACCAAGUCUGGCGGCUCUCAGGGCAAGUCUGACUUAUCGUACUCCUCGCAAUGUUGGCGUGGCGCAUGGGUCAGGCUCUAAGUCAGGAAAUGUAAUGCUUCCGCAUUGUGCAGCAUUCCAGAGUGUCGUAGGUGUGAGAUCAGACGGUGCGAUGUGGUGUCAAGACGGAGCGAGGGAGGUGAAGUUGAGAUGACAGGAG